CGAUUUCAACAAGCUCACUCAACGUCUCUUUUUCUGCUAACUUCAUCUGCCUGAAUUUCACACAUUGUUUCUUCCUUUUGUUACUAUCUCUACUAUUUCAUUGACAUCCACCAACUCCCACUCCCUCACUCACUCACUUACUCACUUACUCACUUACUCACUUACUCACUCGCCCACCUCUUCUUACUCUCGCCUACUCAAGAUGCUUACCAAUAUCAAAAACAAAUUGUCGUCCAAGAACCAUAAAAAUGCAAAGCCCAAUAGCAAGUCCAGCUCCAAGAACAUAAAACAGCUUCAAAUAUCCUCUCCUUACGACUUCUCUGUCUUGACUUCACACUACUCUUACAAUGAUGUUAAUAACACUUUAACUGUUAUACCCUCUACUCCUACCACUGAGCAUUUCAAAUACUCAACCCUAUUGUUGAGCUCCCACAGGAUAAAAUUUCAAUCUCAGUUGAGUUCGCCUUAUAAAUACUCUGAGCAAGACUACGAUAAUGAAAUUGAUUUUGAUCUAAUCAACACUCCCAUCUCCCAAUCGACUAAAUCAACUACAUCAACGAAAACAGCUACAAAUUCAAUCUCAAGCUAUUCAACAAACGCUUCAACUAUAACCAACGGUUGCAGCUAUCAUUACAACUAUAACAGUAUAAAUAACUGUAAUAACUACAACCCUUACAACAAUCAUCAAUAUAAUUAUAACUAUAGCCAUAUAGCGGAAAGUCAAAAGUUUACUCUCCCCAAUAACAUUAAUAACAUUAAUAGCAUAAAUAACAUUAGUAACAUAAAUCUCAACUCAAAUAACAACUCCAUUACUUCUGCUACUAGCAAUACUAAAAUAAUAAUUGAUAAACUUCAACCAAAUAUAAACAUAAAUCCAAAUCCAAAUUUAAAUUUAAAUUCAAAUUCAAAUCUAAGUGUAAAUAAUCUAAAUGAAACUGACACAAACUCAAUAGAAAGAAUUAGAACUCAGGAUAUCCUGUAUUCUAAUUCAAUCUAUGAUUUCUACAAUGAUGAAUUGGAAUAUGAUAACAAAACUAUCAACACUUCCCUAACCAACGAAAUAGAUGAUAAUGACUGUGACUUCCAUUAUACCUAUAUCGACUCAAAUCUUUCAAACAACAAUCUGUAUGAUCGUAUUCAAAGUCAAUUAUCCUUAGCUAAUACUUAUUACACCACUCAAAGAGUUGCUCUUUACAAACCAAAGGACUCUCCAAGAUUGGUUCAACACGAUUCUCCAAAGAAUUUCAUCGCUGUCUAAUUUGUAAUCUUAUUCCUUUUAUUCCCUUUCUUAAUCGUUCUAUUUUUCAUGUCUUACGCCUUUCUUUUUUGCUUGUUUUACCCCUGUUGAUAUUUACUUAAUUCUAAUCACUAAUUCAUUCUGAACUUUCCUACUUAUUACUAUUACUAUUACUACUCACUAUUUAUCAUUGAUUUUUUACUCUUUACUCUUUACUCUUUAUUCGUUGUGUUCAUCCCUGUUUCUAUUCAUCUUUGUUGUCUUUAUUUUUUCAUCUAUUGCUUUCUUUUUCUUUCCUUUACCAUCUUAUUAC